CGGGUGGCCGAGCCGAGCCCUGCCGGGAGCUGGUGUCCCGCGCCCGCCGACAUGCACCUGCACCGCUGGCUCAUCCUCGCCUCGCAGCUGUCAGCUCUCCUUGGUGACUUGGUGCUACACCAGACCCCGAGGAACGUACAGGUCCAGACCAACGGAAUGGUCAUAAUGUCCUGUGAAAUGAAAGGCUCUUUCCCAACCAAUAUCAUCACCUGGGUGAAGCAGUGCCUGCCCCUCAACACAGACUGUCAACUAGAGUUCCUGGGCGAAUUGAAACCCCCAGAUCAACGAAUAUAUGGCACGAUGGUGGAGAAGAGGCUCAUUUUGCACAUGGAGAGGGACCGAUAUACAUUCAAUCUCACAAACUUGACACCUUCCGACAGUGGCCUCUACUUCUGUAUGAAUAUCCACAGAAAGAAGAUCUUUGGGAUGGGAACUCAACUGAAUGUGGUCGAUGUUCUUCCCACCACUGCCCAGACCACCACGAAGUCCACCCCCAAGAAGAAAGUGUGCCGACUCCCAAGCCCUGUGACCCAGAAGGAUCUGCCUUGUAGUUUCAUCACCCUUGGCCUGCUGAUGACUGGUAUCCUGGUUCUGCUGUUGUGCUUGGGGGUGGCCAUCCGCCGUCACCGCCUUCAGAGGAGAGCCCAGAUUCAGUUCUUAAAACAGUUUUAUAGAUGAACAGAGACUUCGCCGUUAGUGGCCUGCAGCAAAAAAAGUCAUUGGUCAAAGUCAAAGUCAUUGAAGACUGCAAGCCGAGAAAGGAAAGAGAAGAGAUAUACUCAACCAUUGACAUUUCACUGAUCCGCUGAAGCUGCCUGCUUUUCACUUCUGCAGAGUCUUUUCUUAGGGCAUGGGAGGAACUUUUGAGGUGUGCACUGGGAAUCUCAGAGAGAAAGCCUAAACUCCAGGUCACUUCCUGUAAGAAAUGCUGCCAUGACCUCACAUCUGGUCCCCGCCUGGCCCUGGGCUGGGCUACAACUUUGCGUUGGCCAUCUAGCCAUAGUUCUUCAAUGGCCCUGGCAGAGCCAUACCACAGUCCUGAGCUACUUCUGGGAUUGUGCUGUAUGACUUCCCUUUGGUCUUC